AUAAUAGCUUUGGCUCAAUACUGCUAGCCUACAUGCGCUGCACAGCUCAGUUUUGAACAUCUGGACCCAAUCAAAAGAUCACGAGCUGGAAAGCACUCCUAGAAACAAACUUAUGUAGCUUAGAGCUUUGCAGAACUUUAUUGUGUUAAUGAGAGACUGUGGGAGCCUAAACAGCCAUUUUAAAUCACACAGUUGUUAAGUUUUGUUUUUGCUUGCACACAGCACAGUGCUGGGCAGAUAUUAAACGGAAGCCUCUAGCGUCAGUGUUUAGGGUGUUUGAAGGUUUAAUGCAACAAUGGCAGUCAUACAGCUCAGAUUCUUAUUAGCUUCAUUCUUUACAAGUAUUGCGGGAGAAGCACAAUAUGUAAUGCAAGAUGCUGGAUUGGUGCAUUACAUGGACCGCCGAAUUCUCUCAAUAGAGAACAGGUUAAACAAAUGCAAUCAAGAUAUUGCAGAUUAUGUCCAGGAAUUCCGAGAGUUUUCCAAGAGAAUGAUGUCGCGCCUGGAAGGACUCAACGUUUUGAAGACAGAUCUUAAAAAUGAUGUUGACCAUUUGCUAACAAGAGUGGAAAGAGCGCAAAGGGAAAUUGACUAUUUUGAAUCGGCAAAGGAGUCCCCCGACACCUGCGUGGAAGUCGACGAGGACCUUGUGGAGCAGCAAUUAAUGGAACAAGAGGAGUCGAAACAGAAAGUCAAGCUCAUGCUCAAUGCAAGUUGUAACCACAUGAUUGCAGGCUUCAAAUCCCUGAAGAUUGUAAAGAAGUCUGGAGACACACAGGGCUCAUGGCUGAAGGACCCCAUCAAGAACCCCCAAAAGAUCUAUUUCUUAACUGGGGUAAAGAACAAAAUUGUAAUGGAGUUUGCAAAUAUCCGGGCUUUUACUGAAAGCGGUGAGAAACAGUCAGCUCGCAGAGUUAACCUGCCUUUUCCCUGGCAAGGGACAGGCCAUGUUAUAUAUGACGGUUUUCUGUUUUAUCACAAAUUUGGCUCCUUAAAUGAGAUAAUUAAGUUUGACAUUCAGAAAAGAAAUGUCACUGGCCGGCUGCUUCUGUCAGGAGCAGGAGAAACCUUCGCCUACGACCUUCUUCCUUCCACUAAGAUAGACCUAGCUGUGGAUGAACUGGGAUUGUGGGCAAUCCACACAGAGCCAGAUCCUGGUAGAAAGCUGGUCAUUUCUAAAAUCAACUAUGAAACCAUGGCCAUGGAAUAUACCUGGGACACAUCCUGCAAAAGCCAGAAUGCCGAAGCGGCUUUUAUGAUGUGCGGCGCCCUGUAUGUAGUGUACAAUUCACCAGGGGGAGGUACGUCUCGCAUCGAGUGCAUUUAUGACACCUUAGACGCCAUCAAUCCUUAUGAAAUCCCGACGCUUCCAUUCCCCAAACGCCAGACAAGUCACUCCAUGGUGCAUUAUUACCCCAGAGAAAAGCAACUCUUUGCCUGGGAUAAUGGAUCCCAGGUCAUUUACAAACUCCUGACAAAGCUAAAAAAUUAAUAAAAGCAACAACAUAGAAAUCUCCUCCAUACUAAAAACUUGCCAGUGUAAAUAUGGUAAUGAAUUUACAAGUACUAGUGACUAAGAGGUUAUUUUUUUCUGCUUGCCCACAGCUUACACUUAUUUUUACACUUUAUUUUGCCUUUAAAAAAGAAGAUUUUUCACCCCUUUCCCCUAGAUUGGUGCAGUGCUCUGGAAAGGCCUUUCCCUUCCUUGCAAACAGAGCCAACUUUCUGAGGCAGCAACCUGAAUUUGGUGGCAGAUUGGGAGGGAGGCGGCAAAUCAACAGGUUAGGGUGGCUGAGGAAGUGAGAGAAAGAGAAGGCAAUACUGGUUGGUAUCCCCCUCUCUCCUGAUAAGAACUUGCAUGAAAGUGGCCCCCCCAACUUUUCUCACAGGCUCAUAUAAGAUCAGUAUAAACAGUUAGACCUGGUGAGCAUUUAAGGUCCCCAUCCCUAAUUUGCGGAUUGCCAUCUGAUUAGAUUUCACUUUGAUUCUGAUUUGAUUUUAGGAUGUAUUUUAAUUGAUCAGUUGAUUUUAUGGUAAUAUGUUAUAUAUUUGAUGUUAGCCGCUCUGAGCCCGGUUUUGGCCGGGGAGGGCAGGGUAUAAAUAAAAAUUAUUAUUAUUAUUUGUGAAAGAGACAAGCAUGUAAUUCUUGGCCUGGGCACAAGGGAGAAUAGUACAUAGUUACUGUUGUUUUGCUGCAGCCACACAACAUUGUACACGCUGGUUGCUUUCAGUCCCCCUUCUCUCCCAGCUAUCUUUCUCUUUCCUUUCCUGCUCAUUUUCCUCCCACCUCUGUUCCCACCCAGAACUUCUCUUUCCCUGGAGUAAACAGGGAGUCCCAUUCAGUGUGGGAUAAUGGCUUGUUACUUGUAGGUCUGAUUAUCACCUGGGAGACUAGGGUUCAAAUCCCCACACAGUCGUGUAGCUCACUGGGUGACCUUGGACCAGACACUCACUCCCAGCCUAACCUGCUUCACAGGGUUGUUGUGUGAGGAUAAAAUGGGGAGGAGGAGAACUACGUCCCCCACUCUGGAGCGCCUAGGAGAAAAGAUGGUAUAUAUAGGCAAUAAAACAAAAUAAAUAAAGCCACACUAUAGAUACAGCACACUUUUAAAGCACAAGACUGCCCCAGAGAACUGUAGUUGGUUACAGGUGCUGGGAAUUGGCUCCGUGAAUGGUAAACUCUGGUUCCCAGGUUUCUUUGGAGAAGGCCAUGUGCUUUAAAUGUAUUGUUUGGAUAUCACCAGGGAUACCAUUGGUGUUCUACUUUAACAGCAAAAUGACUUGCAGUACCACAGCAAACAGAUGGUCAGCGGGGGGGGGGGGGGGUGCAGAGGGGACUCCAUAACUGCAGCACCAGGUACUUCAGAUCAGGUUUCCCUCUUGACAGCAGUCUCCUGCACAUGUGGUCCCCUCCUGCAGCAUGUUUGUGUGUGUGAGCUGCCCUCUCACUAGACUGGGACCUAGGUAUAAAAUUCUGACUGCUCUUGUAGCGCCUUUUAAUUCUGAUAUAUUUUAAUGGAGCACAGCAAGUAACUCUACAUUCCACCAUGUAGACGCAUGCUAUCUAUAUAAUGUCAUAGCAAAUGGUGAACUUGUUUGUACUGUAGAGGAUAUAUUUUUAAAAAUGUAAAAUAAAAGAUCUAUAUAUUGGCACCCUUGGCUCUUG